GAACCUGGAAGCUCCUCUGGAAAGCCUGGAACUGGCCUUCUGCUACCUCCUUCCCGGUGACCUCACCUUCCUGUCCCAAAGCGUCCACGCUCCAGCCCUGAAGAAGCUGGACUUGAGCGGCCACCACUUCACCGAGACCCUUCUCCAGCCCCUGUGCUCCCUCCUGGAGAACUCCUCCUCCCUCAUGCACCUGGAUCUCAUGGAAUGCCAACUCACGGACUCCCGCUUGGAAGCUCUUCUCCCGUCUCUUUGCCGUUGCUCCCGGCUCCGAUGCUUGGGCCUCUUUGGCAACCCUCUGUCCACACCGGGUCUCAAGACCCUGUUACGCCAAACCUGCGUCCUGCAGGACCUCUGCCUCGUGGUCUACCCUUACCCCGUGGACUGCUACAGCCGGGACACACCGCGGCCACCGUCGGCCUCCUCCGGGAUCUUGGAGGACACUUUGGAUGAGGAGCGUUUCACCGCCGUCAGCGCCGAGCUCUGCCGGAUGCUGGUGAGCUCCGGCAGGGACAACGCCGUGUGGACCGCGAGCCUCUGCCACCACAGCACCCUCGACUACUUCGCCCUGUGA